AUGACUGUUCUAACAAUACUGUCACUGAUAUUUAUUAUUUUAUUUUGUUCAUAUGUUCAUACUGAUGGUGAAGAUUUUUAUAAAUUAUUGGAUAUUGAAAAAUCGGCUAGUCAACGUGAUAUUCGACGUGCAUUUAAAAAAAUUGCAUUAGAAAAACAUCCUGACAAACGAGCGGGUGAUCCAAAUGCUCAUUCAGAAUUUGUAAAAAUUAAUCGGGCCUAUGAAAUAUUACGUGAUGAUGAACUGAGAAAGAAGUAUGAUCAAUAUGGUGAACAGGGAUUAAAGGAUGAUUUUAAUCGUGGUAAUCAGUAUCAAAGUUGGUCAUUUUAUAAGCAAAAUUUUGGUAUUUAUGAUGAAGAUCCCGAAAUUAUUACACUUAGUCGGACAGAUUUUUUACAAUCGAUCGAUGGUACACAAGACAUUUGGUUUAUAAAUUAUUAUUCGCCACAAUGUGGACAUUGUCAUGAUCUUGCACCUGUUUGGCGUGAAAUAGCGAAAGUUUUGGAAGGUGUUAUUCGAAUUGGUGCUGUAAAUUGCAUGGAUGAAUGGGCAUUAUGUAAUGAACAAGGCAUACAAUCUUAUCCAUCUUUACUCAUUUAUCCAAGGCGAGACAGAUAUAAUGGUCAUAGACAUAAAGAUGAUUUAAUUCGAUUUGCUAUGAGUUUUGUAACUGCCGAUCUUCUACACUUGAACGAUGCAACGUUCAAACGAGAAUUAUCAAAGAAAAGUCAAAAUAAUAAACCAUUUUUAAUUGUUUAUUGUCGUGAGAAUGAUGAAGAUGAUUGCCUCGAUAAAGAUCAAGCAUUUAAGUUGGCUGCUAUGCUGAAUAACCUUGUCCAAGUUGGAAUAGUCAAUUGCCGUUUGAAUCCGUUGGUGUGUCAAACAUUGAAACCAAAAAGUUCCAUUAUUUACUACGAACCAAAUCAAAUAUUAAACACGAAUGAUAACAAUGAUACACGCACAAUUACAAGUUUAAACAUUAAAGAAAUAGCAUCGCAAACAUUGAGUUAUUUACCUGAUGUUAAAAUAUUAACUGAAGAUGUAUUUAACAAUUUAAUGACUGAACUAAAACAGAAUAAGAAUAAACCAUUAUUAGUUCAUUUUGUUGAUCAAAAAAGCAAUGAAAAAGAUCUUGAAUUACGAAAAUUACCAUCGAUGCUAAAUGAUUAUAAUAUUGGCCGAUUUGAAUGUUCAUAUUCAACGUCUGUUUGUCAAAAUUUAUUUGUUACCAAAUUACCCACAUUUAUCUUAUUCAAAUUAGGUGGUUAUCAUGAAUUUUAUUAUGGUCGAUAUAUUGCAAAUGAUGUAGCAACAUUUGUUCGUGAAAAUGCUCAUACAAUUGUUCGAGCACUAAAUCCAAAUGAUUUUCCACAUGUGACAAAUACAUUAAACAAUAAACCAUUUAUCAUCGAUUAUUUUUCACCACAUUGUCCACCGUGUUUACAAUUACUACCAGAAUUUCGUAAAUCAUCAAAAAAGAUUGGAAAUCAAAUUAAUUUUGGAACAGUUGAUUGUACAAUUCACAAUCGUUUAUGUCAAGAACGAAACAUUCAUUCUUAUCCUUCCACUAUUAUUUAUAAUGAAUCUAUAGCACAUCAGUUUCAUGGACAAUAUUCAGAACAAGCAAUUAUAAAUUAUGUAGACGAUAUUCUACAUCCAUCAGUGAUUAUACUAGACAAUAAUUUAUAUGAAAAUCUCGUUGUAAAUAAAAAACAUAAUGAAAUGUGGUUAUUGGAUUUUUUCACACCAUGGUGUCCUCCAUGUCAACAAUUAUCAGGAGAAUGGCGACAGUUAGCAAAGUUUAUGAACGGAAUUGCUAAUAUUGCUACGGUCGAUUGUACCGUUCAAACGUACCUGUGUCAAAGAUUAGGCAUUCAGUCUUUUCCAACUAUCAGACUUUAUCCACCGAAUUCGGGUGGAAACAAUUUUGUAGUAUAUAAUAAUGGAUGGCGUGAUGCGAAUUCAUUGCGUUCAUGGGCAUUCAAUUUUCUACCAAGCAAAGUGAUUGAAUUAGAUAGUAACAAAUUUUCCACGAUCGUAUUACGUGAUAAUAAUUCAUGGGUGGUGGAUUUUUAUGCUCCUUGGUGUGGACACUGUCAUCAAUUUAGCCCCAUUUUUGAAGGUGUUGCUCGAAAAUUGGAAGGAAAAGUAAAUGUUGGUAAAGUCAACUGUGAUAUACAAAGAGAUAUUUGUGAACGAGCAGCUAUUCGUGCAUAUCCAACAAUUAAAUUUUACAAAGGAGCAAUUAAUUCAAAACGACAGGAAUUUAUUGGCGAAGAUAUCAAUCAACUGGAUGGAGAUUUUAUUCUACAUUAUGUUAUGAAUAGACAACCAUCUGCUGCACAAGAACAAUCUCAUAGAACUGAACUGUAA